AUCUUAAUAUAGAUAUAAUAUGGCGGGAUUGCAAGAAACAGAAAAAAUGGUUCAGUCUAUGAACGCUCAAUUUGUAACAUAUUUAGAGAAACAUCGCAUAUACGAAUUAUUUUACGAAAUCGCCACUCAGCUAGUAAUUCAAAAGCCCGACGACCAUCUUGUAUUUAUGAAGCAAUAUCUUCAACUCGCCGCAAAAAGACUGGAUGUUCCAAAAAUUAUUCUUAUAGCGCCUCCAAAUUUUGAUCGAUUGACUUUAGCAAAAGUUCUUCAGGAGGAACUAGGCGUCUGUCCUUUAACUUUGAAAGACCUCCGCAACGCAUGUUGUCAGGAGGAAAACGUUUGCCACUGCGAGGAAUCGGAAGAUCUCGCAUUGGAAAUGAAAAAGAUUUUGGAGGACGGAAGUUUACACGAAUGCGGAUGGUUGCUCGUAGAUUUACCAAGAACAAAAAACGAAGCGAAAAUAUUUCUACGUGUCGGUGUAAUACCAACUCACGUGAUACAGCUUAUAGUUUCGGAUGAAUUUAAUAAAAAUGAAAACUGGAAACAUUUUUGCAUGGAUGCCUCUUGCCAACAAGCUUUUACGUCAACGAAUGCUUCGAAGAAUUCGAAGAACCGUCGUUAUUUGAAGCAUUUACGGGGAUUGCGAGAAGUAUAUGGAAAUUCUUUAAUUGAGGUCGAGGUUGGUAUCAGAACCAUCGAUGAACUUGGAAAGGAUUGCGCAAAAUUGGCAAAGACGAAGAAACAUUCUGGAGCACCGUCACUCUUUCGCAUCGUGCUCAUUGGAUCAAGAGGAUCCGGUUGUACUACAUUAGCAAAAUACUUGGCUGAAAGAUUCAACCUCGUUCAUAUCGACUAUGAUUAUAUCUCCGAACAAGCACGUCUGCAAAAGAAUCCUCUGGGAGAAAUGCUUCGAUUGUUCGAAUACAAAUGGGGACAGAGACCCAAACCCGAGAUUAGAAUACAGAUCGUCGAAAAACAUAUUGCCGAAUACGAGUGUUUGAAAAGAGGGUGGGUUUUGACUGGAUACCCAAAGACCGUGGAAGACUUUAAACUAUUGGAUUUAAAUUCUACCCCUCCAAAUAGAGUAAUAUUUAUUGAGGUGAACAGUGACAUCUGUAGAGAAAGACUGCUCAAUCGUCGGUACAAUGUUUUCACUGGAAGCAAGCACAACUUAUCCAAUGAGGAUCAUGUUGGUAUGGAUGACUGUAAAUUAGGUAUCCAUCCUAAAGAUUACAGACUAAUCAUUGAACGAGAUCUUCAAGAGUAUGAAGAACAUGUAAUCGAUAUGAUGCAGUAUGCAGGUGAAUCUGCUGUAAAGAUUAAUGGGAACGGGGAUGAAAAAACGACCCGUGAAAAAGUAGAAUCAUGUCUAAUGCGUCCAGCACCACCCUGCGCAUCAAGAAUACCAAGACCUCCGCCUGAAAUCGAUCCAAUGGAUAUUGAAUUUGAACUAGACGAUGAUCUCGACUCCGGCUUGUUGAAUGAUGUGCAUGUACCUGAACCUGCAUACACCUUUGUUUAACACCUUAAUUGCUAUAGCAAAAGUGGGCAUAUGUAUAGUCGUGUUAAGGUUCACCCUCUACGAGGGUGGAAAAGGAGAUGCCCCUAACGUGUCCUGUUAUCCUGGCACACGAGGCAUCUCGUUUUCGCAACGUCACAACCCAGACGAUCCUUCAACACGUACAAUAUUCAAUCAUUAUCCUGUACAUGGAAUGCUCCUUCGUGGGAAUAAAUUUCAGUGAAAAAGUUCAAUUUAUAUUUUCAAUUAUUUAAGUUAACUAUACAUUAACUGAAACGUGUACUAUGAUUACUAUUUCACGGUAAAAGGUAAUAGUGUAUUGUUACAGAGAAGAGAAAAUUGAGUUAAAGAUGUAUGCCUAUAUUAACAAGGAUAAUUGCCUCAAACGCGAAGCAUAUUUCCGGAUCAAGGUGGUAUAGAAUGGGACAGGUUGCGCGUAGCUGCAGAAUGGGAACGUGACUUGCUAGGUAGGAUAUGAUCCUGUCUACUUUGCCCUACGGUUGACAAGAUUUUUACUUUUUUGAAGAGGUGAUUGUCAAGUUGCAAUUGGCGUCGAUUGUAUCAGGAAAGUACAAUGGAAAGGAACUGAAUCAUGACUAUCAUGGAAUCAUUAGGUUUUCUAUAUUUUCAGUACUAAACAAUAAAACUGCUGAUAUCCGUUUCUUUAAAAGUAAUAAAUUCUAUAGGAAAAAGAUUCUGUAAUUGAAAAAUGUUACAGUAUACUAGAUACAUCAAUGAUAGUCUAAUUAAAAGGAGUCUUAAAUCCUUUUUUUUUUUCAUGUAGGUCCGAUUAUUGAUCGGAACUCCUUUCCGCAAAGCUGCCUAGAUACCGGAAGGGAACAGGAAGUUGAAAUUUAGGAAAGCAUAGGGAAAUGGAGGUGGAUCGCAAGUAAGUUCCGCACGAACAAGAAAAAAAAAACCAUUCCAUCGAGCACACACCAUGAACUAAAACGGAAAAGCUUUCGAGACCAGCGUCGAAAUGAUACCCAUACGUAGAAGCGUUUGUCCUGAUCUUAGGGCAACAGUUCUAUGAGAAGGCGGAUAAACCAACAUGUGCAAACAGUAAGAUACAUAUCAAACUAUUAGAAGGACUUCAAAAGGCAAAUUAAGCUGAAGUAUUAGGAUAGAAGAACACGUAUGGAAUACGACGGAAUGUCCUCGAUCCUCGACGCUAUCCUACUGAGACGACUGCAUUCCUAUCCCUUGUGAACGUCACGAGUAUGCGUUGAAGAUCGCAUACUCCGUAACCAGAAUACAUGAUCGUUCCUCGAGCUUCCAGCGACUUUCGAACGUCAAGCAUUCCGUCGACCAGGACUGCAUGCAACGUAGAAUUUCAUUUCACAAUCGGUCGAUCGAACGGAAUGUUUCCAUCCCCUUUCGAAGGUGCACAGGGAACAGUGUCCUGCCAGAACCCGUCAAUGUUCUGUCACUCGUCAACCGCAUGGCGCCAGAAGCAUCCACAUUACCAGGACCCCAUAACUCAUCAACAAUCUAUCCAUGGUUCCCGCGGUUUCCGAGGUUCCAGGACUUCGAUUCCCGGAAUAACCGUGUUUCACUCCAGCCAGGAUAACAGGAGCCUAGCAAUCGUCUAUUCGAACCUUGCUCCUUGCUUUCUUCGCGAAGAUAAGAAUUUAAUGCUUUUCUAAGAACACGGUUUAGAAGUUUUCGUCGGAGGAGCUUCGUUGUCUUCUGUGCAUCUUAAUUUCGACUGCGUGUCACAGGCGAUCAUAAAACGAGCCGCGCGUGCUGCCGAAAAAAAAUUCCAGAUAUUCGGAUGGAUUUCCGAUAGCAGACAAUAUAGCUGGCACAAGAUUCAGAGGACGACUCGGCAGUUCAUUCGGAUUCCGAGGAUACGAUCGACCCCGGAAGUAGUCCGUGC